AUGUCUGCCGAAACAUCCGCGCCUCCAUCUGAGGCUGUCGCUCCUCCCGUCUCAUUCGAGUCGAGUAACACCGCUUCCGCACAAGACCAAGAGCUCUUUGGCGCCUCCAUCCUUUCAAAAAAGGAGGACGCGCUUACCACAGAACCAGCUCAAGUCGAACAACCCCAGGCUGAACAGCCCGAAGCUUCCACCGCCACCACGGCAGACGCUGAUCAACACGACAUCGCUGCCGUGGCUGCUGCUGCUGCUGCUGCUGCCGCCGCCGCGGACGCGUCCAGUGCCGCUCAGACCAUCACCGAGUUGGCCACUGCCGCUACGAAUGCGGCCAACAACGCAGCGGCGGCAACUCCAGCUGCAGUCGAGUCAUUAUCGGCUGAUGUCGAGGCUGCUGCUGCUACUGCCGCUGCUGCUGAUGCGUCCGAAGCUGCUCCAGCCCGCGUGGAAGAAGCUGGAGAUCAGCAGGAUGCAGCUGUUGGCGCGGAUGGCGCGGUCACUGCCGAACCUGUGUCCAACUCUGGCCUACCGAGCAACGUGGAAUCUGAGCUGCGCGAGAUUUACUCGGUCGCGAGUGCGAUUGCCAACUUUUCGGUUGCGCAUGUGAAUCAGGUCAAUGUGCCCACGCCGCAAAAGGUGCGCAACAUUAUCCAGAAGGCGCUCAAGCUCACUUCGUCGCUCAGCAUGCUUCUGGCACAGCCCGAGGUGGCACUGAGACAACUCGACGCCGAAGAGUCGGGCAAGCGUCCCGCCGAAUCCAAGCUCGACUCUGCGCGCAAACGUCCACGCUCCUCGGAUUGGGAUGGCACCAAGAUCGAGUUGCCGCAUGGCGCCGGUCUGCCGAUAACGCCUUAUACACACAGCUCGGGCUUGAAGGUAUUUCCCGAUGGCUCACUAUCCACCUCGUUCCCCUCGCCCGGAUUUGACAGUGAUCAGAAGGGCCCUCAGUACAAGAAGCGUAGUCGCGCACCUGCUCCUGGUUCGUGCCAGGCGUGUGGCACCACCGAGACGCCUGAAUGGCGGCGUGGUCCCGACGGCGCGCGUACACUGUGCAACGCGUGCGGUCUGCAUUAUGCCAAGCUGGUACGCAAGCGUCUGCAGCAGGAAGGCGUUGAGGAACCCAUGCCUAGACACACGCCAGCGCAGAUGAGCUUGGUCAGCUUGGAAGAGCUGCGCGCCUCGACCAAGAGUGCCGAGGCGGCAGCGGCAGCAGGACUUACACCGUCAGCGUCGUCCACGUCGCUCAACGGCACGCCGAUCAAGGUAGACGCUCACGAGGCGUGGAACACACCUUCCAAGCCGCCGCGUGUGUCUUCGUCCUUGAGCAGCGUCGUUGCUGCUAGUAGCGAAAACGAUAGCGCGCAGAAUCAGGGUGUGCCUCAACCACCUGCUUCGGCGCCGACAUCGGCUGACAACGCUUCGGACACUGCUGGUAUCGUCGAGUCGGCUCCUACGCGCAUCUCGGCGGGAGCGGACGCAACUCCGCAUCCCGCUGGCGCACCUGAACCCGUCAUCGCCCCGGAACUCGCCGCGGAAGCAGCACCCAUCAACCACGUCGACACGAACCACGCUCAACCGAUGCAGACCGAUCACUAG